AUGGCUGACGAAAUAGAACUCACAACAUAUAAAACCCCAGAGAUAGACGUCUACAAGAAUGAAAGAUUUCAUAUGGUUCCCCGUGCAAGACUAGAAGCAAUAGCCACUACGGCUGGGGUGACGGGUAUGAUGAAAGGUUUCUUUGAAGGACUCAAAACCUCAUCAGUUCGAUAUUUGGUCGAAAAUGGUCAUCGACUUCCCAAAACUGUUGGAGGAUGGUAUUUUUAUCAUAAGAAGAAGAAUUAUGUCAUGCUUGUUGAAUCUACAAAAGUUGCUAUUAAACAAAGUUUAAAAUAUUCUGGGGUUAUAACUGGAUUUUUUGGAUUGGAAUAUUUAUUUGAUAGGAGUAGGAAUAAUACGAUAGAUUUCUUGAAUACUACUGUGGCUGCUAUGCUUGUGUCUACUUUCUAUGUUGGAUAUAAUCAGUUGAGUAUAGUGCAGUCUAGGAAAAUGAUCAUGAAGGGGACAGCUUUGGGAUUGGUUCUUGGGUUGCUUCAAGAUUCUUUGAUAUAUUCAAGAGGGGGGAGAGUUUGGUAUUUACAAAGAUUAGGUAUUCAGCCAGUAAGUACUGAGCCUGUAAGUCAGUUAGAAGCAUAG